UGGAGGAAACAGCGGUUCACCUCCGGUUCUGAGCGGCGAGAAACGUUGCGGACAAGCGAGGAUCCAGAACCCGCAGCCAAGAGGGUCAGAGUUGAGGAUGAGCACGAGGAAGAGGAGAGCGAAGCAAGAGAUGAGGAUGAGAGGAGAAGGGAUGAAGAGGAGAAGGGAGAUCAUUUUGCUGAUAUGAUGAAGCAUGGCCUCAGUGAGUCAGAUGUUGGCAUUCACAAGUUUAUCAGCGAUCAUGAAGGAUUCUCUGGCAUCUUAAAGGAAAGGUACUCAGACUUUGUGGUCCAUGAGAUUAAUAAAGACGGGAAGAUUGUUGCUUUGGAUGACCUGUCAGUUCCUGCUGAUGUUGAGGAAACGUCCACUGACUGUGAUAACAUCGACAGUCCCGUCCUAACAGAAGAGCAGAAACAACAGCUGACCGAGCUACAACUCUUCAAAAACAAAGAGGGAAAUGUGGCCAUUGAGGUGCUGGAAGACUCGAAGGAGAAGCGCACUCUCUUGCACAAAGAGGUGAAGACUCUGUUUCCAGGCCUGGAGACCAAAACUGAAGAGAGAGAGGGAAAGAGAUUCAUCGUGGCCUAUCACACAGCUGGAAAGAAAGCUCUGUCAGAGGUCAGAAGCUCAGCAGCCCCCCGAAAACAUUCCUGGCCAAAGAAUCGUGGAAGUUUCUGCCAUUUUGUGCUCUAUAAAGAGAACAAGGACACCAUGGAUGCCAUCAACGUCCUGUCCAAGUUCCUCAGGGUCCGACCCAACAUGUUCUCGUACAUGGGCAAAGACAAGCGGGCCGUCACGGUGCAGGAGAUCGCAGUUCUGAAGAUCAGCGCUGAACGAUUAGCUCAUCUGAACAAGUGCCUCAUGAAUCUGAAGCUGGGAAAUUUCUGCUACAAGAAUCGUCCAUUAAAACUGGGAGAACUGCAGGGAAAUCACUUCACUGUCAUUCUGAGGAACGUCACGGGCUCACAGGAGCAGGUGGAGUGUGCCAUGACCUCAUUGAGGGACACAGGCUUUAUCAACUACUACGGCAUGCAGCGCUUUGGGACCACGGCCAUCCCCACGUAUCAGAUCGGCAGGGCAAUAUUACAGAACAACUGGAAGGAGGUGGUGGAUCUCAUCCUGAAACCUCGUCCUGGAGCGGAGAAAGGUUAUCUGGUGAAGUGCAGAGAAGAGUGGGCACGUUCUCAGGACCCAGAAGCUGCUCUGAAGAAACUUCCGGUCAAACGGUGUGUAGAGGGUCAGUUACUGAGGGGACUGGUGAUGUACGGCACUAACAACUUCAUCACAGCGUUUGGACUAAUCCCUCGUAACAACCGCUUGAUGUACAUCCACAGUUAUCAGAGUUACGUGUGGAACUCGAUGGUCAGCAAACGUGUGGAAGAGUUCGGUCUGAAGGCAGUAGGGGGAGAUUUGAUACUCAAGGGGGGCAGCGCUUACGUGUUGUCAGAUGAUGAAGCUGAGAAACGCUCUAUUCAUGAUGUGGUGAUGCCACUCCCCGGGUUUGAUGUCAUCUACCCCACUCACAGCGUGGGUCAGUGCUACAGAGAGAUGCUGAGCGCUGAUAAUCUGGACAUCAGUAACAUGAGACACAAAGUUCGUGAUUAUUCUCUCGCCGGCGCUUACAGAAGAGUGGUCAUACGGCCCAGUGACGUCCGCUGGGAGUUGAUUCAUUAUGACGAUCCACGCGUGCCUCUCGUUCACACAGAUGUGGAGAAACUAGAAAACAGACCGGCUCCAGUUUACCUGAAAGAGGGGAAAUAUCGAGUGCUUAAGAUGGAGUUUUCACUGCCUUCCUCUACGUAUGCCACCAUGGCCAUCAGAGAGGUUCUGAAGAUGGACACCAGCAUAAAAAAUCAGACUCGGCUCAACACCACCUGGUUUAAUUGACCAAUCACAUUGACCCUCUGCCACAUUUGCGUGUAUAUAUUAUUUCUUCUCCACAUGUCUUUGAUGAGCUAAAAAUGAACCGUUGCUUUGUAUAAACGACUGAAAAUAAAAUGAACCGUAGGAGGUG